CCGAGUCACCCGGCCGGCCGCCCGCACGCACGGACACCAACAACUCCCUUGGACGCACCCGAUCGACCCUGCUGCCUGCUAGCCGUGCGCAGUAGUGGGAGCGAGCACGAGUGAGAGUGGGCAGCGAGAACAUACGCCGCCCCCGGCCGGUGUGACUGGUGGUGGCGUCGCGCGCGCGAUGGGGAGGGCGCCGUGCUGCGAGAAGGUGGGGCUCAAGCGCGGGAGGUGGACGAAGGAGGAGGACCAGAUACUCGCCAACUACAUCGCAGAGCACGGCGAGGGAUCCUGGAGGUCGCUGCCCAAGAAUGCAGGGCUGCUCCGCUGCGGCAAGAGCUGCCGCCUGCGGUGGAUCAACUACCUUCGGGCCGACGUCAAGAGGGGGAACAUCUCCAAGGAGGAAGAGGACGUCAUCAUCAAGCUCCACGCCACCCUUGGAAACAGGUGGUCCCUGAUCGCCAGCCACCUCCCCGGCCGAACAGACAACGAGAUCAAGAACUACUGGAACUCGCACCUCAGCCGCCAGAUCCACACGUACCGCCGGAAAUACACCGCCGGCCCGGACACGGCGCCCAUCGCCAUCGCCAUCGCCAUCGACAUGAGCAAGCUGCACAGCGCCGAGAGGCGGCGCGGUGGCAGGACCCCGGGCCGGUCGCCGAAGAGCGCCACCAGCAGCAGCAGCAUGACCAAGAGCAAGCAGCCGGACGACCCUGAGCCAGAACCGGAGGCCGGCGGCGCGUCCAGCCCGCGGCACAGCGACGGGGCGCGAAGCGCCGUGGUGGACCCGGACCCGGACCCGAACCAGCCCAACAGCAGCAGCGGCAGCGGCAGCACGGGCGAGGGGGAGGACGCGACGGGGCCGUGGGUGCUGGAUCCGAUCGAGCUCGGGGACCUCUGGGAGGCCGAGAGCGAGAUGGACGCCCUCAUGUCUAUCGGGGGGGCUGCCCACGACUCGGCCACCGCGGAAGGAUUCGACGCGGCCCAGGCCCAGGUGGACGACCUGUUCGACGACAUGGACUGGGAUAACUUCGCGGCCCAUCUGUGGGGGGAGCCGGAGCAGCAGAACGACCACAGCGCGCAGCCGCAGCCCCAGCAGGCCGCCGAGCCGCAGGCUGCUGCUGCUGCUGAUGUGGCGGCGGCGGGGGCGGAGGCCUGCGACCCGGACGAACACGAACUGGAGGCGUUGGAAACUUGGCUCCUGUCCGACUCGUUCUGACAGUUCCCGUCAUCAGAUACCGAUCAGGUCGACGCAGCUAGCUAGGGCCUAGGUGUUGCUCCGUGCGUGCAGUUUCGUGUAAAUUUCGUUUCUAGUUCGUAAAUAGGUGCUGGUUCGUGCAUGGUAUAUUGGUAUGGGCCUUCGAGUUCGAAUAGAGAGAGAGAGGAGACUUGCGUCAUGCAUGGCAUGUAAAACGCGCUAUUCCGAGCUUUCACUCAUGCAUCUUACUCCGCUACUAGUGGUAGCUGUCA